AUGGUCGCCGACACCAGUUAUUAUGAUGCCUUGGGCGUCCCUCCGACUGCGACUGAGCUGGAAAUCAAAAAGGCAUAUCGCAAGCUCGCCAUAGUUACCCACCCUGACAAGAAUCCCGGCGACGAGACAGCCCAUGAACGGUUCCAAGCGAUCGGUGAAGCAUAUCAGGUAUUGAGCAACGAAGACUUGCGCAAGCGAUACGACAAGUUUGGAAAGGAGGAUGCAGUCCCUGGUGGUGGCUUCGAGGAUCCAUCCGAGUUCUUCAGCAUGAUUUUCGGCGGUGAAGCAUUUGUCGACCUCAUCGGAGAGAUCUCUCUCAUGAAAGAUCUCACGGCGACCAUGGAUAUCACGAUGCAGGAAAUGGAAGAGGAAGAGCUAGCGGAAUCGGCCGAGCAGAAGUUGCACAUUCACGAUGAGGAGGUGAAAGCUCACGGCGAGGAGUCCCCCGCGGCUGCGGCUAAAGCUGCAGAAGCUACUGCGGAGGCAUCGGCCCAUGACGAUGCUGGUGCCCCUCCACAUUACGGAGAUGCUACCGCGCCCCCAACUCAGGCCGCGAAGGCCGCUCAAGGCUCCGGUGCAAGCACUCCCCGAAGGUACAUGGGACAACAGGCUCUGAUGGACAAGUCCGAGGAGGAAGCGCGAAUGGAGGCAGCUGGCCUGACACAGGAGGAGAAAGAACUUCGCAAGAAGGAGAAAAAGAAGGGUCUUUCCAAAGAGCAGCAGGAGCGUCUCGCUGCCUUUGAAGAAGAGCGUAGAAAGGCUCGCGAGGAACGUGUCAACACCCUUGCCAACAAGUUGAUCGAUCGCCUCAGUGUGUGGACAGAGACUGACAAAGGCAAGGAUGUCACCCGCGCCUUUGAGGAAAAGAUUCGUUUGGAAGUGGAGAACCUGAAGAUGGAGUCUUUUGGUCUGGAAAUUUUGCACGCUGUGGGCGCCACAUAUGUUCAAAAGGGUACCUCAUUCCUGAAGUCGCAGAAGUUCCUUGGUAUUUCCGGCUUCUUCUCGCGACUCAAGGAUAAGGGUACCCUGGCCAAGGAGACUUGGACAACCAUUUCCACCGCCAUUGACGCUCAAAUGACCAUGGAGGAGAUGGCAAAGCUAGAGGAACGUGGAGGAGAAGACUGGACAGAUGAGAAGAAGGCAGAGUAUGAGAAGAAGGUGACUGGCAAGAUCCUUGCGGCCGCCUGGCGGGGUAGUAAAUUCGAGAUUCAAAGCGUUCUCCGGGAGGUCUGUGACCAGAUCUUGAACGACAAGAGAAUUCGUCUCGAGAAGCGUGUGGAACGCGCUCACGCGCUUGUUUUGGCUGGUAACAUCUACGCCAAGGCUGAACGUGAUCCGGAGGAAGAAGGCGAUUACAUGGCCUUCGAGCAGUUGAUGGCGGAGGCCAUGCAGAAGAAGGGCAAGGACGAGAAGAAGAAGAAGAAGGGCAAACACGGCCACGAGUCUCCUGAACCUUCGCGGGCUGAAGCCAAGCCCGCUGCUGCGUAG